AUGAUGCUUAUCCCGAUUCACCACUUUAGAGACAUGGAGCGGAAACCAGAAUACCUGCAGCUGGAGAAGUGUGUCCCACCUGCCUCCCCUGGUCCUUCGGGAGCCAUGUGGUUUAUCCGGGAUGGCUGCGGCAUCGCCUGUGCCAUCGUCACCUGGUUUCUGGCUCUCUACGCAGCAGAAUUCGUGGUCCUCUUUGUCAUGCUGAUCCCGUCCAGAGAUUACCUCUACAGCGUCGUCAUCAACGGGAUCGUCUUCAACCUCCUGGCGUUCCUGGCCCUGGCUUCCCACUGCCGGGCCAUGCUGAUGGACCCCGGAGCCGUACCCAAAGGAAAUGCCAUUAAAGAGUUCAUCGAGAGUUUACAGCUGAAACCCGGGCAGGUGGUGUAUAAAUGUCCCAAGUGCUGCAGCAUCAAGCCUGACCGGGCCCACCACUGCAGUGUUGGUACGCGCUGCAUUCGGAAGAUGGACCACCACUGUCCCUGGGUCAACAACUGUGUGGGCGAGAACAACCAGAAGUACUUCGUCCUGUUUACAAUGUACAUAGCUCUCAUCUCUUUGCACGCUCUCAUCAUGGUGGGAUUCCACUUCCUGCAUUGCUUUGAAGAAGACUGGACAAAGUGCAGCUCCUUCUCUCCCCCCAGCACGGUGAUCCUCCUCACCUUGCUGUGCUUCGAGGGGCUGCUCUUCCUCAUCUUCACAUCAGUCAUGUUCGGAACCCAGGUGCACUCCAUCUGCACAGACGAGACGGGAAAAGAGCAAUUGAAAAAGGAAGAGAGAAGAUGGUCUAAAAAACCCAAAUGGAUGAACAUGAAAGCCGUUUUUGGCCACCCCUUCUCCCUGGGCUGGGCCAGCCCCUUUGCCACGCCAGACCAAGGAAAGGCAGACCCAUACCAGUACGUGGUCUGA